UGUCUGCUUUAGACAUCCGUUUCCGCAAGUUUUUCAUUACUCUCUCUAUUUAAUUGACUGAUUAGGUACCGAUUCAGGUUGUACCUUUACCAUAUUUCUAAGUUAAUUUAAUUUUUAUUUUAUAUUGUUUGGACCAACCAUUAAAAAUGGGACGACGUCCUGCUCGAUGUUAUCGUUAUUGCAAAAACAAGCCUUAUCCAAAAUCACGUUUCUGUCGUGGUGUUCCAGACGCUAAGAUUCGUAUUUUUGAUUUGGGUAGGAAAAAGGCUAAGGUCGAUGAGUUUCCACUAUGUGUGCAUAUGGUGUCUAAUGAAUAUGAACAAAUUUCAUCGGAAGCUCUUGAAGCCGCACGUAUCUGUGCUAACAAGUAUCUUGUUAAAACCUGUGGUAAAGAUGCUUUCCAUUUGAGAAUUCGUCUACACCCUUUCCACGUUAUCAGGAUUAACAAAAUGUUAUCAUGUGCUGGAGCUGAUAGGCUUCAAACUGGAAUGAGAGGAGCUUUUGGUAAACCUCAAGGUACUGUAGCCCGAGUUUACAUUAAUCAAGUUAUGAUGUCUGUUCGAGCUAAAGAAAACCACAAAGACAAUGUUAUUGAAGCUUUGAGACGUGCUAAAUUCAAGUUCCCUGGUCGUCAAAAGAUAGUUAUCUCCAAAAAAUGGGGUUUCACUAAAUGGGACACGGGCGAGUAUGAAAAACUUCGGGCUAACGGUACACUGAAGCCAGAUGGUUUCUAUUGUAAAUACCGACCCAACAAAGGACCCUUUGAAAACUGGGUCAAAAUCCAGAAGGAAUUGCGUGGCAUCGAAGCCUAAAUUAUGUAAACUAUUCGGAGGAAGACUAUGUCCGCUUGUGGAGUAAGAAGCUAUUUGUUGAAGAAACCAGUAAUAAAUAAAGAUGUUUCUUAUGUGAAA